AUGCAGAUACUUACCAGAAGCACAACUAAGGUCGUCGUGCCCGUCGCCAUCCUGGCUGUCGUCGCAGUAGCCAUACUACUGCUCAUAUGCUGGUGGUUUCCUCGCGCCUGGGCCAAAGGGACCGCUGCCGAUCGAGCGGAGAUGGAUGAGAACAAGAGACGGCGAGAGGCGGCUGAGGAUACGGCGGUGAGAAGUGGUGGCGAGGCAGAUAUUGAGCUCUAUAAUCGUGCUGGAGCUGAUAGAGGUGGUGAUGGGAAGGAAAAUUGUGCUAGCGCUGUUGGAUAUGCGCCACCGGUGACACCGUAUUAG